AGUUUGUUUUGCUAUUAUACAAAUAGGCAAUAAAUAUUAUUCUGGGUUUUNAACACUUGGAUUGUGAUCAUGACGUCAAGAGAUCUGCCCCUCAAUGGUGUGAAACCCUUUGAAAUGUGUGGCAAACAAUGUGUGGCAUUCAGGGGUGGAUCGGGUGCUGUCCACGUGUUGUCCGCCUAUUGUCCACAUUUGGGCGCAAAUCUCGGUGUCGGCGGACAUGUGGUGACUGAGUCAGAGUCGGGCGACGACUGUAUUCAGUGUCCAUUCCAUGGCUGGAGGUUUGGCGGAGACGGACAGUGCAAACGCAUACCUAAUCUCAACGAGUCUGAGUUAAAUACAGUGAAAGCUGUGGUAAAAAAAUGGCAGACAAUAGAGAAGAAUGAAUUGAUAUAUGUUUGGCACCACUCGGAGGAUAAGGACCCCAAUCACUACCCCCAGGAUUUUCUCGGAAACAACGAUUACAAUCUAUCACUAAAAGGGAGUUUCUUCAGAUUUAUGCAUUGUAACUAUCAGAUCACAGUGGAGAAUGGGUCCGACUUACAUCACUUUAACUACAUUCACCAGGAGCUUAUACCAUAUAUAACUAGUUUAACAUUUUCAUUUGAUAGCACGUAUGACACAGAGACGAAGCCUACAAUCACCGAUAGAAUUACUAUCUAUUUACUCGGCGUAGAGUUGGUCACUGUACCCAUUAAACACUGUCACGUGUCACCAGUGACUGCGCUGCUACACAUUGGCACAGAGGACUCAAUUUUGGGUACCGUAUUAAUAUUGGGAGCUGUUGUUCCAUUGCAGCAUGAGAGAUUCAGUAAUUUGGAUGUCUUAGCGCACGGCCUGACCACUAAUCCCCUUUGGCUAGCGUUUAACCAGUCGGCCAUCAAAGGGGCGACACUUGUCAACGAUGUUUAUUCAGUUAGAUCUGAGGUUUUGAAAGAUGAGGGUAAAUACAGUUACCUGUAUCUGUUGAUGGCACUCGAGGGCUGGCACUGUCAACAGGCCAUCGACCAGAUGGUGGCCGAAGUGCACUAUCAAUGGUAUGCGUGUAUUAACUACGGCUCACAACUCGUAGAGUACGGCAUACCUGAGCUGACAAAAUAUGUGCAUGAAAUGAUGCAUCAGGUUCGGGGCAAUCUAUGGUGGUCGUCAAUAUGUCCUAGGUACAUUGUCGGACCUCAAUAUGAUCAUUAUAUAAAUAUAAACUAA